AUGAUGUGGCGUUGGUGUGUCUAUGACAAUGUGCCCACGGCCGACCCGGCUGAGCAAGGAUGGGAAUGCAGUGGUAAUGACGACUCUGACAGCUGGACAGCCUGCCAACUGGGAUUCUGUAUGUAUGUGUAUGCAGCGCAGCAGUGCAAUGCGGAGACGGAGCUGGCACAAACACAAACAGCAGGGCUGGAUAUAUGCUAUGCUGGAUGUUGUAAGGGAAAGGGGGGAAACAGACGAGUAAAUGGCGUAGAUGGCACCCGGCACGGAGGCGAAAAGGAACGGACAGAAGCGAAGACCCGGGUCGAGAACGGGAACCAAGGUGAGGGUGAAACCAAAGAAGCCAAGCAGCCAGAAGGAACCCGAUUCGAUUCGACCGGGAGUUCAGUUGAGGCUGCCGUAGGUUCUCUUGGGGGGGUGAGGAGAUUGUGGGAUGAAGGGGCAAAGUUGCCGGUGCUCUCGUGUUGCAAAAUGUUCUGCUUCUGCUUGCGGGAUGGGGCCCAACGUGGUGAGGAUGCCACCCCCGGACGACCUUUUUUCUGCUCUUCUCUUUUUUUUCUCGGUCCCGUCCAGAUUAGCGCGCAGAGCCAGAAGGGGGGUGUGCGAGUGAGAUGGAGCGCUGGGGGGGAAAGGGAGAAGAGACAGACAAAGAUCAAAUGGCACAAGACGACCGGAGCUUUGGAGGAGAAGAAGAGCUGGGAAGGUGUGGGAGGGGGAACAGGGGCCCUGCAGAAAUGGCGAAAGUACUGCAAGGUACCGGGCUGGGGGAGAGUACCACCACCACCUGAGAACACAGCGCGGCAAUGGCCUUCCCCCCGGAUCCAACCCAUCGAGGACUACGACUCCGGGCGCCAGAUUGAGGAGAGGGAGCUGAAGGGUCUUUGCGGGCCUACACAAGAACAAGGCGUGGCAACAUCAAUGCCUGUCCGUACAUCACAGCACAGCACAGCACAGCGCUGGUCGGACAGAGAAGCAGCAGGUACUUGGCGGUACCUCGAGCAGCCCACGAUGACGGCGGCCCGGGGGCUGGAUGAUGAGGUCGCUGGUGAUCGCGUGCGGAAGGGAUCGGCGCUGGCAUGA